CUGCCCCAUGGGCCCGGCAGGAUGCCGGUGCGGCGGGGGCACGUCGCCCCCCAGAACACCUUCCUGGACACCAUCAUCCGCAAGUUCGAGGGGCAGAGCCGCAAGUUCAUCAUCGCCAACGCCCGGGUGGAGAACUGCGCCGUGAUCUACUGCAACGACGGCUUCUGCCAGCUCUGCGGCUACUCGCGGGCCGAGGUGAUGCAGAAACCCAGCACCUGCGACUUCCUCCACGGGCCCCGCACCCAGCGCGGCGCCGCCGCCCAGAUCGCCCAGGCCCUGCUGGGCGCCGAGGAGCGCAAGGUGGAGAUCUGCUUCUACCGCAAGGACGGCAGCUGCUUCCUGUGCCUGGUGGACGUGGUGCCGGUGAAGAACGAGGAUGGGGCCGUCAUCAUGUUCAUCCUCAACUUCGAGGUGGUGAUGGAGAGGGAGGGCGCGGGGUCCCCCCCCCGCGGCAACCAACCACUGGGUGGCCCCCGCCAGCUGGUUCCCCGCAGGUUUUUGGCGGGUUUUGGGCGCAGCAGGUCCCCUGCGGCUGAAGCUGCCGGCGCUGCUGGCGCUGGCGGGCAGCAAACAGUCAGCUGCCGCCGGAGCCCCCCGACGCCGUCGUCGUCGACUUCUCCCGGCACGGGCAGCGAGUCGGGGCGCCGAGGAGCCGCCGUCCUCGCCGGAGCCCGGCUUCCCGGGGGGGCACGGCCUCCCCCCCCCCAGGACCCGUCGGCGCUGGUGGGGGACGAGCCGCCCCCCGUGGCCCGUUCCUCGCCGCGGGCCGAGCGCCGGGCCCUGCCGGCGGCCGCCUCGGAGGGUUCGCUGGCCCGCAGCCGCGACAGCCCGCGCAGCCUGCGCCGCGCCUCCUCCCUCGACGACAUCGACGCCAUGAAGGCCGGGCCUGUGCCCCCCCCCGGUGACGGUGCCCCCCGCGCAGGGGCCGUGCCCGCCGUGCGCAGCGCGCUGCUGAACUCCACCUCGGACUCGGACCUGGUGCGGUACCGCGCCAUCAGCCGCAUCCCCCACAUCACCCUCAACUUCGUGGACUUCCAAGGGACGCCUUCCUGGCCCGCCCCCCCCGGCGAGAAGGAGAUCAUCGCCCCCACCAAGCUGAAGGAGCGCACCCACAACGUCACCGAGAAGGUCACCCAGGUGGGACCCCGGGCGGGCGCCGAGGGGGCCGGGGGGGUGACGGAGGGGGCCGGGGGGUGA